AUGGCGGCGAUGGCUGCGAUGGUGGCGGCGCUGCGGGAGUGGGCGGCGGCAGCGGAGCGGCGAGACGCGGCGUGGCGGGCAGCUGUGGCCGCCUGUGCGCCGCUGUUGGCGUCGCUGGCCGGGCUGGCGGCGCAGAUGCGGGCGGCGCAGCGGUUAGCGUGGGGCGGAACGCCGCUGGACGCCUUCAGCGAGCUGAGGGAGAGGCUGUGGCGGAAACAGCGCGGAGCGGUCGAGGCGCUGCUGGAGGAGCUCAGCGAGCGGCGGGAGGAGCUGCGCGCCGUGAGGGACGCGGUGGGGGCCGGCGCUGCUGCUGUGCUGCGGCUGUACGAGGAGCGGGCGGCGGAGCUGAGCUUAACCGAGGUGCUGCGGCGCGGGCCGCGCUGCCCGUCUUUGGCCGAUGCUCUGGAGGAACUGCAGGAUGUGGAGCGUUACUACCGGCACCUGUACCUGGAGAUCAGACUGUUCCUCCUGCUCGUCAGCUGUGACAGCCUGGCAGACAUGGAAGCCCUCCCACAGGCCUGGGAGAGGAUUUUGGAGCGUUAUGGGGAAGACACUGUGCAAGAUUCUUUUCUUAAGAUCUCUCUCUUUUUGGACAACCAGUGACAGCUGCGCUGCUGGUAAGGCUUCAGAUGGAGAGCAUGCAGGACUGAUGUUGACCAGCUUGUGUGAUCAUGUGGUAUAUCCUGAGAUAACCACUAAGAGGAAGAUUAUUUGAGGCAGUGUUUAGAAGGUGGAUGAGGUGACCUCUGUAGGAAGUGCUUGGAGUGUUCCAUUUUCAAGCUGAGGUGGAUUGUGUUUGAGGAAGAGCUUGAGCUCAACAGGUCAUGACAAUAGAAAGAAAUUGUCUUCAGCUACGGGAGUUGUCUUCCCUUUCCCCCCCCCCCCCACUGAUGUUUUGUAUGCUGAGAAAAAGUUUUGUGACUAACUUGUAAACAAGCGGUGAAAUGCGCUGCAAAUAAAGGUAACGUGAGACACAGCAGCUUGAUGGAAAAGUGUUUUAGAUAACAUCCUCUAAAUAAAAGAUGUCGUAUCAGGAACUAUAA